AUGGGGCGGCAGUGGGGCCCUGCCAUGAGGGUGGCCGAGCAGGCGGGCUGCGUAGUGAGCGCCUCCCGGGCCGGGCAGCCCGAGGCGGGCUCGUGGAGCUGCAGCGGGGUGAUCCUGAGCCGCAGCCCGGGCCUGGUGCUGUGCCACGGAGGCAUCUUCACCCCCUUCCUGCGGGCCGGCAGCGGGGCCCUGACGGCGGCCGGCAUCUCUUUUCUGACCGGCGACAGUUGCGGCGACGACUUGCGUCUGCACGUGCAGUGGGGCUCCGACGCUGCUGCCCUGGCCGCCCUCCUGCCGCCCGAGGUGGGAGCCCCGCGGGGCCUUCUCCUUGGAGACUCCGGGCCCCCGUGGGCAGCCGCGGCCGUGCUGGUGGAGUGCGGCACCGUAUGGGGCUCCGGAGUGGCCGUGGCGCCCCGCCUCGUGGUGACCUGCCGGCAUGUGGCCCCUCGGGAGACGGCCAGAGUCCUGGUGCGCUCCGCCACCCCCAAGAAUGUGGUGACCUGGGGACAUGUGGUGUUUGCCACCCAGGAGACAUCUCCCUAUGACAUAGCAGUCGUGAGCCUGGAGGAGGACUUGGAUGGUGCCCCUUUGCCUGUGCCCGCCAAGCACUUUCAUGAAGGCAUCGUCACCAGCAACACCCGGGACAAUAACACGGGGGCCACCUAUCCUCACCUGAACUUCAGCGUUCCCAUCACGGUGCUCCAGCCAGCCCUGGAGCAGUACAGUCAGACCGGCGACCUGGGUGGCCUCCGAGAGCUGGACCGCGCCGCUGUGCCAGUCAGGGUGGUGUGGCGGCUUCAGCGUCCCCUGACCAAGGCCCCGCAGAGCAAGCUCUGAGGCUGCACCACCCCUCUGGGGAGAAAAGCAACUAUUUUGUACCAUAGGAAAUGAUGUUGAAGUGAUGGCGACCUCGGGAUGCAGGGUCCAGCUCGUGACAGGGCACAUCCUGCCGGGCCACCUUCCCAUCUGCACUGGCUGACCACGUCUGGGCUCUGGGCCCUGAAACAAACUUCCCUUCAGCCCCAUGGGUCCCCAGCCUAUUUUGGGGUGCUUUCUUGAGCCCUCACCUCUCUGUCCCCUGGCACUAGACUCAGCUAUGCUGCUUUCCCUUCUGGGGAGCCCAGUCCAACUGCACAGAAGCCCUGGAUCUGACAGGCAGAUAUGGGCUAGAAGGCAGGCCCAGCUCUGGUUUUGCGUCUGUUCUCCUGAUGGCCACUGGCCACCUGGAGUAGCUGCUUCACUGGGCCUUGGUGCCUGUCUGCCUCUCAGUCUGAGUAAAGGAUGACAGAGGACUCAGGCUUCCUGAGCAGAGAGGCCCUACUCCGAAGACUGGAGACAGAGGAGAGAAAACAGGAGUGUCUCCCUGCUCUGCCAGACUUAUAGGCAAGUGGGGUCCCUGAAAGUCUUCAUAUACCAACAGGGGCACUCUGACACAGUGCCUUCAUUUUUCAGCCCACAGUCUGGAUCUCAGGGAUCUUGGGGGUAGACGUGUCUGGUUGGGGCUUGGGAAUAAACACUAUCUACUGGAGAACCCCUA